AUGCAGUGGCUCUGGGGCUCAAAGCCGCCUCGUCUAGAGCCCGUUGAGGGUGAUAUUGUGUACCCCACUCAUUUUAUGGAUAACAAGGCAAUCUUUGACGGUAUGCUUCUGGCUUCAGCAUGGCAGUUCAACGAUGUCCUUGACGCAGACAAACUCCAUGGUUCAUUCUGUCGCCUUCUUGAGAUUGGCGACUGGAGGAAGUUGGGUGGGCGCUUCAGGCGACCUCCUGGGCAGAGGUCCUGGGAGCUUCACGUGCCAGCCGAGUUCACGCCAGAACGACCGGCAGUAGUCUAUACGCACGAGGUGUUCGAUGUGAAGGUCCAGGAGCAUCCAUUGGCUCGCCAGAUCCCCAGACCAUCCACCGGAGGCCCAAAGUUUCAUCCAUCCCCUGUGCCACUGCGGCCGCUUAUGGUCAGGCCAGGUGCUGCCGAGACGAUGGAGGAGUUUCUCAGCAGAGACGAUCCGGCGCUGGCUCUUCAUAUUGCAUCCUUCCAAGAUGGCACCAUAGUCAGUCUGACCUGGCCACACUGCCUCAUGGACAUGAUGGGUCUCAAAAGCCUGGUUGAGGCAUGGUCCCUAGUCUUAGCAGGGCGAGAAGCCGAACUUCCUGUUCUCGCCGGCGCGCGUGAGGACAUCUUGUAUGAGAGUACAAACUUGGAUCUUGCUAAGAAAGAGACAUCUGUUAUUGAGCAAGAUCGCCUAGAUGGAUUUCGCAUCAUCUUCUUCGCGUUGUGUCUCUUGUGGGAUAUCAUUUGGAAUCGAAUUGAGGCCCGAAUCCUGUAUUUGCCUAAAAAGACUGUGGAAAAUCUGAGGUCUGAAGGUCUUCGCGAUAUCAUCGCGGAUUCAAAGCCUGAUGCAGAAACACCGUGGAUUAGCGAAAGUGAUGCGCUGCUUGCCACUUGGGCCAAGGCUUUGGCUCAAUCUCAGCCAAGUCCUCGACCAAUCAUUGCGAUGAACCCUUUUGACAUGCGUGGACGAGCUCCUGGGUUCAGCAACUCAGGCCAGGAAGUGUACAUCCAAAAUGUUGUGACAGAGAGCUUCACAACUCUGCCCACUAGCCUUCUCUCUUCUUCCAUUGGACAGAUUGCAUUGUCGUGCAGGAGGUCCUUGCAGGAGCAGAUAGCGCCGGCGCAAAUACUUGCAUUGCUCCGGAGCCUCCGUCAACUUUGGGAUUCUGGCAAGGACGUUCAAAUUCUCUCAGGGCCAGCUAAUGCUACCCUGCUGGUUACGACCAACUGGGCCAGGGGCAAUCUCUUCCACAUUGCUGAUUUUGGACCAGCCGUGGUAAAACAAGGGGAAGGUGAGAGUGAGAGGACCAACCCAGUAGGAAUGUCUCGUUUCUUUGUCACUAUUCCACUCAAGCUCAGUCCGACAGCAAGAAACUCUAUGACUCAACUUGGGAAAGAUCACGACGGAAAUACUUGGGUAAUGGGCCUAUUCAAUCUUCGAACCUGGAAGGCUAUUGAAACUUUGGUUGAGGGCUAUUCUUAG